AUGUCGGUUACAGCCUUAAAACAUUUAAAGACCGUCAACAACUACAUUUCCUUGCUUCGUGGCUCGUCAUUUUCACGCCAUUGCAGUCUAGUCGCCUGUAGCCGGCAGUCGAUAUUGAAUCGGCGAACAACGACGUUGAUUUCUUUAGAAACUUUUCCACAGUUCACGCUCGGUUCAAAUCAUUUUAGACUCGCAUCAUCGCAAAAGAGUCAGAGUAAACCAGCAAUGGAAGCUCAUGGAGUUGUCCCAGAUGUCAUUGAUGUUGCCCCAGCUGCAACUAUAACAAUCAAAUAUGAUAGUAGUGCAACUGUUGAAGGGGGAAAUGAGUUGACACCUACCCAAGUGCAGAAUGAGCCUGUCAACAUUGAAUGGCCUGUUGAAGAAGGGGCUCACUAUACCCUCUGCAUGACAGACCCUGAUGCCCCUUCAAGGGAAACACCAACAUUCAGAGAGUGGCAUCAUUGGCUUGUUGUCAACAUCCCUGGCAAUGAAAUCAAGAAAGGAGAAGUUUUGUCCCAAUAUGUUGGUUCUGGUCCUCCACAAGGCACUGGUUUGCAUCGUUACGUGUUCUUGGCGUACAAGCAGCCUGGUCCUCUUACCUGUGACGAGCCUCGCUUGACCAACAGGUCGGGCAAGAAUCGUGGAAUGUUUUCCAUCCGCAAGUUUGCCGAAAAGUACAACUUGGGACAGCCGAUUGCAGGAAACCUGUACCAAGCCAAAUGGGAUGAUUACGUUCCUAAGCUCUACGAGCAGCUUGGAGACGAUUAAAAUACCUUUCAGCAUUGAAAGAAAAUGCCGAAAAACCUAACGUUUUCAUAAUUUAGUAGGAAACCGUUAGCCGAAGUUAUUACUUUUUUACGGCUCUAACAAAUAUAACCUACAUGCUUAAAAGAUAA